AUGUCACAGCAGGUGCCCGAGCGCCCCUACUGGCUCGUGUGCAAUGGCGAACGACUCAAGCAACAGCUGCCCCAAUUCUUCGACUAUCGCAUUCCCAUUGACAGAUGCGUAGUCUCGGGCAUCCAAGGCGAGCCAUUCUCUCUGAAGAUCAGCAAGGACAAGUAUCCGGACGGCGCCCUGGUCUGUGUUAGAGGAGAGCGACCGGACUCGUGGGACCUAGUCUUCGACGCGGUGGCCGACCUGGCAUACAUCUACCGGCACCUCGAUCGCCCCGCAGGGGAUCGUGCCAGUUCUUCUUGGGAGUUCCGAGGCGACGACUGGAUCUUCGGCCAGAUCAGCGUGGUCUGGAUUCUCGUUAUGAGAAGGACGGAGAUGGGCGCUCACGUCGACGCCGUAGCGACGCAAUACAACAUCCAGUCUUUGCCGAGGGCUUGGCUGGCCGCCUCUGCCGACAGGCUGCUGAUCGAAAGGCUCAAUAGCCUCUGCCUCGAUGUCGGUGGAGAUCAACCUACCGAGCCUGCGGCGACGAGGACACCUACAGCAUCGCCACGACCAUCGCCGUCGACGACGUUGUCGGGUCGGGCCUCUCUGCAAUCCCCUCCGCCUCUGGCUCCCGAGAUUCCUUUGUCGAACGCUGCUCCAUCCAAUGCUGCCCCUUCGAAUGCUGUUCCAUCGAAUGCUGCGCCGUUGCCACCGCGGUCGCUUGCGGACAGCACUGCCGCUGAGGGUAGCGCUCUAGGCCAAUCUGCGGUCGCUACACCUUUCGAUCCCCUUGCUUUCGCUCGCCUGGCUCCUGGCCUCCGACCGCGCACUGCCAGGAUCACGAGCUCGAUGGAACGAUCCAUCACCAGUCCCAGCCCUUCCCGUCAAGUGGGACGGCCUUCCCCUGGCCCUAGCCCCGGCCCCUCACAUCGCGCUGCGCAGCCGCUCACCUCAGGCACCGGCAUCCGCUCUCCAGUUGCAGGCUCGCAGCAGGUGAAUCUGCGUACCAGUAGCGCAAGUCCUGCUCGUCGACCCGUCGUCCUCGACCGUGCCUCGAUCCGCGGUAUCAAGCGUGGUCAGGAUGGAGGACGGCGUACAAAGCUAGAAGCUUCAACUGUCUCCGAGGCAGGUCAACGGAAUGGUGCAACGCCUGAUGCCGGACGUCAUCGUCAACAUGCUCACGCGCAAAUGUUCCCCAGCCGCGCUAAUGCUUCCGCGCCUCGUCGUCGUCCUGGCAGCGUGCAAGGGAGCACGCUCGUAACUGCGAUCUCGGUGGAUGGUGAUGAAUCUGAUGAGCGCGACGACGUCGGCGAAUCUGACAAAGCUGACGAUGUUGACACUGCUGAUGAUGCUGACGCUGCUGCCGGUGCGGCCAGCACUGCUGUCGUUGAUUUAGCUGACUCAGUCGUGAACGAUGCGGACGAUGCCGAUUCCGACGACUCCGACGACGACACGCCACUGAAUCAGCUCGUUGUACGACCUGCCAGCCGAACCGGCGUCAUCGAUGUGGCCGAGUUCACCCCUCGUCGCUCCCAGCGCCUGUCGGCUCGUAGAGCUCUGAUCCCGCAUCAACCCGAUUGGGAGGCCAUCGACCUGCUCAAGUCGAUCUGGCAUCUGCCUCGGCAGCAGUAUCGUAUCACAGUUGCGAACCCGGAAAAAAUGUCGCAGAUGAUGGAAGAGAUAGACCGAAAGGACGAGGAGCGCAGAGAACAGGAGGCCAGCGAAUGGGAAGAUGUCGAGGAGGACGAGGAAAAAGAGCGCGAGGACUCGGACCUGUUGCCACUGGAAGAGAUCCCGGAGGGCAUUCGGAUGAUCAUCGGCGAGGACGCGGUCAACGAGUAUCGUCGUCUACCACCGUUCGACGACAGCUACGAACGGAUCCCGGCGACAGACUCUGGUUGGCAGAUGCGGCCUAAAGCGAUCAAAGUGUCGAAGAAGCACAAGUGUUGGAACCCGGACGACUACAGCGUGAUCGGAUUCCGCGAUGCCGAGCUGCAGGAACGAUGGAGACGGUACCAUUACUGGAAGCAGAUGGACGAACGCAGCAAGAAGGAGGAGAAGGAUCGAAAGGCGAUCGAACGAGGUGCAAGGAGCCUGCCUCGACGUCGAGCGUAG